UUUAUAGUUUAGGAUCAAAUUCAGCUUAUGCACCAGGGAUUCAGAAAUCGGCAGGCUCUGGAGAUGCUGUGACCAUAUCGCUUUUGGUUAUUUUUAUUUAUCUAUUUGUAUGAUUUUCAGAAAUAAUUUGGUUGAUUUUUUUUCCUCUUUGGAGGAAAUCUCAUAUCACAGCUGCUAUGUUUAUGGAAUAUUUUGAUUGGACACGAGAAUAUUCCAAAAUAUUGUUCAUAAACGCUGAAUGACUUAGGUUUUUACUGCAGAUAUGAGUGAACAGAAGUUUAGUUUGAAAAAGGCCGCUUUCAGUCAAACUGCAUGGGAGGCGAUUCACUGAUUGCCUUAUUUAAGUUAAAAGUUGUACAUCAGAUAUUCUUCUAGACAUGGCUAUAUGGACACAUUGUUUGAUACUGUUAUGUUCCUGUUUUCUAGCUUCGAACACUACUCACUCAUUCCUCUUGACUCAGUCUCCAGGACUCACACUCGUCUCAGUCGGUGGUUCUGUAGAGUUAAGAUGUAUAUUUGAGCAGACCCUAAGGUACUGCUAUACCUCUGCUGCAUGGAAAAAGAUGAAUCUACGGACUGGAAAACUCACGACAGUGAAUAGUAGCUAUGAGAAUAAUGUCCUUCAGCCUGAUGAUAAAACCUGUGUUUUGACUCUCAAACACGUAACCAAGACAGAUUCAGGCUUGUAUUAUUGCAUGACCAGAUUUAAUGACAUGGCUGUCGUCGGCAAUGGGAGCAGGGUGAUCGUUAAAGAUCGAUCUGAACAAAAACUCUCCAUCUUAUACACACCACAUGAACCUGAUUCACCAUCAGUAUCACUGCAGUGUCUCGUGACUGGACUUGUCCCGUCUCAGGUGCGUGUGUUCUGGAUGAUUGGACAGAAUGUGUAUUCUGGAUGGACCGAGUCCGGCUGGACAGACAACACUGAUUCAGCCACAGAAUUCACUCGAGCUCAUCUCUCUGUUUCUGAAGAGGAGUGGAAAGAAGCCAGUAAAAUUCAGUGUUUUGCUGAAUAUGAUGGCAAGAACAUCUCCAAAACUCUGAACCGAAGCGGAGCUGAACCUGCAAUCAUCUCGUGGCUUGUGUACUCUGGCUGUGUGGCAGCGCUCCUGACCAUACUUCUAACUCUGAUUAUGUCUGUGGGAUUAUACAGAGAUAUGUUGAUGACCAAAAAAUCCAAACGGCUCAUGAGAAAAGAUGCCCACCGCAAAAUUUCAUAUGGUAAACAGAACACACUUCGAGAAGAGAGUCCAUCUGUUAUGGUAGGAGGCAGAAAUGAAGAUGAUGAACAUUGAAGUGAAUCACAAAAAAAAAAAAAAAAAACAGUUUCUGCUGUUUCAGAAGAAAUAUUAUUUAAAUAAUAAACAGAUUUUAAAUAUCUAUCAUACAAUAUGAACAUGGAUUGAUGUAGCAAUAUUUAAUUUAUUUACAAAAACUACAUGAUAAAUGCAAUCUACCAGUAUGUUUAAGCCAAAUAAUCUGUGCAUAUAUAAUAUGGGUAUGUUACAGUACUUUUAUUGGUGAUAUUGGUAAAGGUUUUAGCAUUUGAUCAGUACCUAAACAGAACUACCUAAAAAAGUUUUUUUUACAUUUAUUUAUUUACAAUUAUUUAAAAUGAUUUCCUAAAUCUUCUGAAGUUAUAUGAUAGUCCUGUGCGAGGAACAAAGUGAGACUGAAAAUCUUUGGGACUGUUCUCCUGUACAUUUUAAUUGAAUGCAGACAACCAUGUUCAAAUGUGUAGAAUAGAAAAUUAAAGAUUUUCAGUAAUGACGGCUUAAACUUUGGUCUGGUCCUCACAGUUUUUGUCUUGGACAUUUUGUAUCACUUUAAUUAAUUGUGUUAAAUUUUGUCCUCUUUGGAGCUUGACAGAGGAGGUCAUGAAUGUUGUGAAAUAAUAAUAAUAAUAAUAAUAAUAAUAAAAAUGUAGAUUCUUUAAAAGUGUUCCUUUUUAUUACAUGGCUCUCUGGAUCUCUUGAUUGUUGCAUUGAGCUGUCAAUAUUUGUCAUUAUUCAUAAUUCACUAUAUUUCUUAAUUGGCAAAUAAUAGAAAUAAUGGAGCAAACCAUUCCUUCAAGCAAACACACAACAGAUAAACAAAUCUUUAGAGUGUGAAAAAUUGCAAAUAUUUGAUCGGGGGAAAUAAUACUUUGCAAACUUUUAAUUAAACAAAUCUUUUGGUCAUUUCAUAUACUUCAGCUUGCAUUUUAUAAUGUAAAUAUUUUGUCCUGUGUUUCUCUGGGAUCUUAUCGGUCAUGGACAGGAUGUUGGUCCAUCAAGAGAAUAAAGGUAAUACAAAAGCAUAAUUUGUAAUGAUAUGAAUUACAUGAAACAGCAAAGUUCCCUUGCAAACUUAUAUAACUUGUAAAUACACUUGUUAGGAUCAUUUUUGCAUGGACUUGAGUUUUUCUUUCUUUGUUUUUCAGCGGGGAAGAGGAAAUGUUGGAGUAUGCUAAAACAUUUAAUUCCUGAAAUCAUAUAUAUUGUUAACUCAUAUAUCUUAAAAUAACACGAUUGCCUGUUCUGGUUUUAUUAUGUCCAUGUUAAUGAAUAUUUCUUAGGAACUGUUUCAUUUAUUUGUUUGUUUUUAUAAUUAUCUUCUUUUGUUGUUUUUUUUUUAUUGUCCUCUUGAAAAUUUGUUUAAUAAUGCUCCUCAUAAGCUACAUCAUAAAAGUAAAUGUUUCCUGAGCAGCAAAUCAGCUAGUACAAUUAUUUCUGAAAUCUCUGAAACAAUUUUAAUAUGAAAAUUUGGCAAUCGUUCAAAUACAUUUUAAUUUAAAAGUGAUAAUAAAGAAAAAACUUAAUUUUUAAAUUACAAUAAUAUUUAGUAUUAUUGUUUUUACAUCACAUAAAUUCACUAAAUGGUAGCAUUGUUAACUAUCAUGAGAUCUCUUUUCCUACAUUUCUGAUAUGUGCAGGACUGAACAGCAAAGCUACAGUUCAACUUUUCUUCCCUGGUGGCCCAUCAAAUUAAAAUUAAUCUUAAUGUUACUUUUCAUUUUACUUUUUUUUUUUUUUUUCCGAGAGGGUUAAAAACUCACAGUGAAUGAAACAGGAAAGUGUAUGGCCUCUUGCUGUAGUCUUCACACUCUCAUUUAACAGCUUGUGGUUAGACAGAAGCGGCAUAACAGGAUGUUAGAAGAGACAAAGGUCUCAUGAAACAGAGAUGCAAAACUACUUUCACUGUCCAUUGUUGCAGCGACUCCACUGGCAUUACUUAAGCCUUGAUAUAAAACUAUCUGAAUUUUGCCUAAUAUUGUCAUCUAAUGUUCUCCAUCCCUACAGUAUGUCAAUAUCCACACUGAGAGUUAUGAAAUACUCAGAUGAUCAAUUAAACUAGUCUGCACAUCUUUAUUAACAAAGCAUUCAAAAUAAAAC